CCGUUACAUCCACAUACCGUUUGAGGGAUCAGAACAUGGAGGAUGGAGGUGUUGCGGGGAAGGCUUAUGGCUUUUGGACACGAAGUUUGUCAUCGGAUGGCUCGGCCUUCGGAUGGGGAGAUAGAGGAGGGAAACAUAUAAAGAGGGCAAGGCGCACCUCAUUUUUAUCUUGAUCUAUCAUCUCCAACAUCUUACUCAUCGAUCAAUAAUAGUCUAAUACAUUAAUAUCAUCCAUCAUGCAGCUGACCAACCUCUUCUACUUCGCCGCAGCUCUGACUUCUGUCUCGGCCGCGACUGUCUCCUACGACCCCGGCUACGGUGAAUCCGGCCGCGCCCUCACAGCCGUCGCCUGCUCCGACGGCAAAAACGGCCUCAUCACAAAGUACAAGUGGAAGACCCAAGGCCAAAUCCCCAAGUUCCCUUACAUUGGCGGUGCGCAAGCCGUCGCGGGCUGGAACUCUCCCAACUGCGGUACUUGCUGGAAGCUCACUUACAAGGGAAAGAGCAUUAAUGUCUUGGCGAUUGAUCAUACCGAUGCGGGAUUCAACAUCUCGCCUGCUGCGAUGAAUGCGCUUACGAAUAAUCAGGCUGUUAAGCUUGGAAGGGUUGAUGCGACUGCUACUCAGGUCGCUAUUAGCAACUGUGGUCUCAAAUAAGCGCUGGACUGGUAUUAAUGAUCUGUUGGUGGUGGUGAUGUUGGUGGAUUGAUGACGAUUGGAUGUGUAAUGGGUUUUGAUUUAAUGAUGAUUCUUACUCGACUUCUACUCGCACAAUCUGUUUGAUCAAGUAUUCACUUUCAUGUCAAAUCUCAGCUAUGACAUCAGCGGCAAUAGAAAGCGUUUAGCUUGAUAAAGUUUCUUUUUGCAUGAACUUUACAACGCUGUGAAAACCGCCUAUGACGUGUUACUGAACAUGGCAAUUGACUUUUGGCCAAACAACAGCUGCCAGCAUUUAUGCGAUAUCUUACAGUCCAAACAUAUUUCAACUUUUCAGCUUGAAAUGCCAAUAUGACGCUGUUCAACAAGUUUCACGGCUUUGAGGCUAUUGCGCUUUGAUAUAUGUCGCCGAAGUAUAGGCUCUUUACGUGUUUCAUGUGGAUGUCAUACAUCUAAACACGUCAGAACAAAAGAAAGGUGACCACGUCAUUUCCAGGAAUCUAAGAGGCCUUCAGAGCAAAAAGCGAUGAGCUGUAAUAAUCUUAGGUCCAGUUAAUCACGGAUGCAAAUUUGGUCCAAGGGGUGUAAUAAGGUAGUUUUGUUUCGCCAUCUUAAACAUAUGGCUCAGAAACUGGCUCGGUUGCAGUGACGCGACGUGUCAUUGGUUGCAUGAUAGGAAACGGUCAGCCUUGCAUGUUUGAAAUAGGAGGUCCCUUGACUGUUAUGUAAUGUUGAAUAUUGGGUUGCAAUGUUGAGCACCUGGAUGGGGUCUUAUGGAGAUGUUGAGACACAUGACAUGAGAUCAAUUUGACCACGGCAGUUCGGACUUCCAAAGAAUUGCUCAACGGUAUACAGCUCUAUCCGGUUCCAUUGCUC